GAUGGGCUCUCCGUAGUGCUUUGGUUAUGAAGAACCAAGGACAACUGAAUUGUUGGUUUGCAAUGGAGAAGAUAGAGAGAGAAAUACCAGCACUGUGGCUCCCACCCUGUUGCUUAGCUCCCUGCAGACAUGUGUCACAAAUCUUCCCUGUGCUAUAUUAGGGAAAGGAAAAGCUUACUUGACAUUACUAGAUCCACUUGCUUUCUUACAUCAUCUUUUUGCAUCCUAUAACCUCCUGGUGAAAAGAAGAACAAUGACUUUAUAUAGCUGCUGCUUCAUUCUUUUGGUAUUUGCCUGGAACACUGCUGCCUAUGGACCAAACCAGCGGGCACAGAAAAAGGGAGACAUUAUUCUUGGAGGAUUGUUCCCCAUUCAUUUUGGAGUGGCUGCUAAAGACCAGGAUCUAAAAUCAAGACCAGAAUCAGUGGAGUGUAUAAGGUAUAAUUUCCGAGGCUUCCGCUGGCUACAGGCUAUGAUCUUUGCCAUAGAAGAAAUAAACAGUAGCCCAACUCUCCUUCCCAACAUGACCUUGGGAUACAGGAUAUUUGACACUUGCAAUACAGUCUCUAAAGCCCUAGAGGCGACCCUGAGUUUUGUGGCCCAGAACAAGAUAGACUCCUUGAACCUGGAUGAAUUCUGCAACUGCUCCGAACAUAUCCCUUCCACCAUUGCAGUCGUGGGCGCAACCGGCUCCGGGAUCUCUACUGCUGUGGCCAAUCUGCUGGGACUCUUCUACAUACCUCAGGUCAGCUACGCCUCAUCCAGUCGUCUCUUGAGCAAUAAGAACCAGUUCAAGUCCUUCCUCCGCACAAUCCCCAAUGACGAGCAUCAAGCCACUGCGAUGGCAGACAUCAUUGAGUACUUUCGCUGGAACUGGGUGGGAACAAUCGCAGCUGAUGAUGACUAUGGCCGGCCAGGGAUUGAAAAGUUCCGUGAGGAGGCAGAGGAGAGAGACAUCUGCAUUGAUUUCAGUGAGCUCAUCUCCCAGUACUCGGAUGAAGAAGAGAUCCAGCAGGUGGUGGAGGUCAUCCAGAACUCCACAGCGAGAGUGAUUGUCGUCUUCUCCAGUGGCCCCGACUUGGAACCUCUCAUAAAAGAGAUAGUCAGGCGAAAUAUCACCGGCAAGAUCUGGCUAGCGAGCGAGGCUUGGGCCAGUUCGUCCCUCAUAGCCAUGCCAGAAUUCUUCCGUGUCAUCGGCAGCACCAUUGGAUUUGCACUGAAGGCAGGACAGAUCCCAGGCUUUCGUGAGUUUCUGCAGAAGGUGCAUCCCAAGAAGUCUACCAACAAUGGCUUUGCCAAGGAGUUUUGGGAGGAGACAUUUAACUGCUAUCUCCCCGAUGGGUCCAAAAAUUCCCCAGCCUCAGCCUCUUUCCACAAGGGCCAUGAAGAAAGCCUGGGAGCGGGAAAUGGUACAGCUGCCUUCCGUCCUCCAUGCACAGGGGAUGAGAAUAUCACCAGUGUGGAGACACCAUACAUGGACUACACGCAUUUGCGGAUAUCCUAUAAUGUGUACUUGGCAGUAUAUUCUAUUGCCCAUGCUUUGCAGGAUAUAUACACCUGUACCCCUGGGAAAGGACUCUUCACUAAUGGAUCGUGUGCAGAUAUUAAGAAGGUUGAGGCAUGGCAGGUUCUGAAGCAUUUGCGUCACUUAAAUUUUACCAAUAACAUGGGGGAACAAGUGGAUUUUGACGAGUUUGGGGACCUGGUAGGGAACUACUCAAUAAUCAAUUGGCAUCUCUCUCCGGAGGAUGGCUCAGUCGUCUUUGAGGAGGUUGGGCACUACAAUGUUUAUGCCAAGAAAGGGGAGAGGCUCUUUAUCAAUGAAAACAAAAUCCUGUGGAGCGGAUUCUCUAAGGAGGUGCCUUUCUCUAACUGCAGCAGGGACUGUCUCCCAGGCACCAGGAAGGGCAUUAUUGAGGGAGAGCCCACCUGCUGCUUCGAGUGCGUGGACUGCCCUGAUGGGGAGUACAGUGAUGAAACAGAUGCAAGUGCUUGUGACAAAUGCCCUGAGGAUUACUGGUCCAAUGAGAACCAUACAUCCUGCAUCCCCAAGCAGAUAGAGUUCCUCUCCUGGACAGAGCCCUUUGGGAUCGCCCUGACUCUCUUCGCUGUGCUAGGAAUUUUCCUGACUUCUUUUGUCCUGGGUGUUUUCACCAAAUUUCGCAAUACUCCCAUUGUCAAGGCCACGAAUCGUGAGCUGUCCUACCUCCUCCUCUUCUCCUUGCUGUGCUGCUUUUCCAGCUCGUUGUUCUUCAUUGGUGAACCCCAGGACUGGACUUGCCGUCUGCGGCAGCCAGCCUUCGGCAUCAGCUUUGUCCUCUGCAUCUCCUGCAUCCUGGUGAAAACCAACCGUGUCCUGCUUGUCUUUGAGGCAAAGAUCCCCACGAGCCUCCACCGCAAGUGGUGGGGGCUCAAUCUCCAGUUCCUCCUGGUCUUCUUGUGCACAUUUGUGCAGAUUGUCAUCUGUGUGAUUUGGCUGUACACGGCGCCCCCAUCCAGUUACCGGAACCAUGACCUAGAGGAUGAAAUUAUCUUCAUUACCUGCCAUGAAGGCUCUCUGAUGGCCCUUGGCUUCCUCAUUGGCUACACCUGCCUCCUGGCAGCCAUCUGCUUUUUCUUUGCCUUCAAGUCUCGAAAGCUACCUGAGAACUUCAACGAGGCCAAGUUCAUCACCUUCAGCAUGCUGAUCUUCUUCAUCGUCUGGAUCUCCUUCAUCCCUGCUUACGCCAGCACAUACGGCAAGUUUGUCUCUGCUGUGGAGGUGAUUGCGAUAUUGGCUGCCAGCUUUGGGCUCCUGGCCUGCAUCUUCUUCAACAAAGUCUACAUCAUCCUCUUCAAGCCUUCCCGCAACACAAUAGAAGAGGUGCGCUGCAGUACAGCCGCCCAUGCUUUCAAAGUGGCCGCCAGGGCCACACUGAGACGGAGCAAUGUGUCACGCAAGCGCUCCAACAGCCUGGGGGGCUCUACUGGCUCCACCCCUUCCUCCUCCAUCAGCAGCAAGAGCAACCAUGAAGACCCUUUCCCUCUACCGGCCUCCGCAGAGCGGCAGCGCCAGCAGCAGCGUGGGUGUAAGCAAAAAGUCAGCUUCGGGAGCGGCACGGUCACCCUGUCGCUAAGCUUCGAGGAGCCACAGAAGAAUGCCGUGGCCAACAGGACCACGAAGCGCAGGAACUCCCUGGAAGCGCAGAACAGCGACGAUAGCCUGAUGCGGCACCGGGCCCUGCUGCCCCUGCAGAACAGCGAGUCCCUCAGCGCAGAGCCCAGCUUUCGGGCAGCUUCCAGCCCGGAGUCCAGCUCACAGGAGUCAGUGGUGGGAGACACAAAAGAAGAAGUACCAGGCCCCGAGGAGGAGCUUUCCCUGCCAUCGGCUAACUCUCGAAAUUUCAUAGGCACUGGAAGUGGCUCUGUCACAGAGAACACGGUACAUUCCUAACGAAA